AGGAACAAGUCAUUGAAUUGGUCGUGUGGAAACUUAUAAGUCAAUGUCUUUUGAGUACUAUAAGAAUAGAAAGAGGGGAACCAUAUUCUUGACAAGUUGCUAAGAUUAGGACUUGCUAGUGGUUUCCGGUAGGGGAUGCUAAAGGGGGAGGUUGUGGAUUGUGAUGCAUCGUGUUCUACUUUUUCGAGCUUCCUGAUUUCUUGACUGAACUGAGCUGUGUCGUGUAAUCGCGAUAAAACAACAGUAUCUCCCCAACUUAGUUUUGAAUCUAUUUUCGCUACUGGCUUCCUUCCCAGCGGCCUUCAUCUCUUCCAAAAAGGAGCUACAGGUUGCAACUUACGACACAUAGCAGAGCAGCUCUCACACGCUAUUUGGGUUGAGAAUGAAGUAUUUUAAGACUCUAGAUUCCGUGAGGCACUUGGGUCACAGUGAAUUUUCUAAAAAACAAAAUGAGAAAAUGAGGCUAAUCUUGAUAACAUUUAUUGGAGUUGCUUUUGGCUUCUUGAUGGGAGUAUCAUAUCCUAUACUUCUGGAAAAUAAGAUGACUCUUUCUACCAUUGUUCUUCCUGAUAAUAGCACUCAUAUUGAGACUCCAACAAUCUCUCCGCAAGUAAAAGCUCAAGAGGUCAAUGAUGUGCGGAAGAUUUGGGUCCCCUCGAAUCCACAAGGUGCAGAAAGAUUAGCGCCUGGUAUCGUUGUACCUCAUUCAGACCUUUAUCUUCGCAGAUUGUAUGGUCACCCCAGUGAGGACCUAAGUAUCAAACCAAAGUAUCUUGUGACGUUUACAGUUGGCUAUAAUCAGAGGCAUAAUAUUGAUGCUGCUGUUAAAAAGUUCUCAGAGAACUUCACUAUACUUCUGUUUCAUUAUGAUAAUCGAGCAAGCGAAUGGGACCAAUAUGAAUGGUCAAAGAAGGCUAUCCAUAUAAGUGCCCUGAAGCAAACAAAGUGGUGGUAUGCCAAAAGAUUCCUCCACCCUGAUGUUGUUGCAGCUUAUGACUACAUAUUUAUAUGGGAUGAGGAUCUUGGUGUUCAAAAUUUUACUGCUGAAGAAUACAUUAAGCUUGUGAAGAAACACGGCUUGGAGAUUUCACAGCCUGGUGUGGACCCUCGGAGAGGACUAACAUGGAAAAUGACAAAGAGACUAGAAGAUUCUGAAGUUCACAAGGAAACAGAGGAGAGACCGGGAUGGUGUAAGGAUCCUCAUUUGCCACCCUGCGCAGGGUUCGUGGAAAUCAUGGCCCCUGUAUUUUCUAGAGAGGCAUGGCGAUGUGUGUGGCAUAUGAUUCAGAAUGAUUUGGUCCACGGCUGGGGUCUCGAUUUGGCCCUUCAAAGAUGUGUUGAGCCUGCUCACGAGAAGAUAGGAGUUGUAGACGCACAGUGGAUUGUCCAUCAAGGCAUUCCAUCACUUGGUAAUCAGGGGCAAGCUGAUGAUGGGAGACCACCAUGGCAAGGGGUGAGAGAGAGGUGUAAACUGGAAUGGAAAAUGCUCCAACACCGGUUUGCAAAUGCAGAAAAGAACUAUUACAAAUCUAUGGGCAUAGAUCCUUCCAAUACUACAUCGCACUAAACUUUAAAAGAAGUUGAGCAUCUAUAACCAGAGCCAUGCUUCCGGGUAGAUUUACAAAUAGAAUUGUAAAUCCAAUUUUUGUAUUGUAGAUAGAAAUACAGCUUAGAACUACUACAUCUUAUUGUAUAGAUCUUUUUAUAAGUGAAUGCAUAUGAUUUUUUACA